ACUGAUAAGAUAUUGAAUUGAACAAAAAUAAAACUUGUUUCCUUUCGAUUUUUAAAACGGGAAAUUCAACGUUUUGCCGAUUUUUCCGUGCUCGUGCUCGACGGAUGUUAACGAAAUUUUAUUCAAGAAGUUUUUCAUUUGUUUCAAAGCGAAUUCAGUUUUGUAAUAAUUUUCUCAUCUCAUUAGUGUAACGUUUGUCAGGAGCUUGCCUCUCACUCAAGCAGUGUUGAACCAGUGAACCCGCUUUUUGUGCUUUUUUUGCAGUCAUUUCUACCGAAUAAUUGAAAUUUUUCUUCCGGUUCGUGUCAUCCUUUCUCCUUCAACCUUUGAAAGUAGUGCAGAGCAAACUCAUUGCAAGAAUGGCUUUUGUGACAAGCCAACCUCGAGGAAUUGGUCCUUUGUUGUCUCCAAGCUUCAUCGUCACGCAAAAUAGAAUAAAGAUGAAAAUUACUAUACCAUUCCAUGUGAGAACACAGUAGCUUUACCCACAAUCAGUCUUAGCAGCUUACCUUCCUUCAGACUACUUUAACUGCCAAUCACUGCCUCAUAACCUAAUGUGAUGGAGUCGGGGGCACUGAAAGAAACGGUCGUCAAUGUACCUGUCAGCUCUUGUCCUGUAGAACUUUAUGGCAGUUCAGACCCAAAGGACUUUGAAAGCUUCGUUUUCUUGGAUAAAAAUGAACAGCUGCGUAAUCUCUUCAGCACCACUGACUACGAAAUCGAAGUGUCUGAAAUGCAACUUGCGGAUUCACUAAAUCAUGUUGAAAUGUCCGAUUGCUCACUGCACUCUGACGAAGAUUAUUAUCUAAAUGUUGAAUGCUCAUCGUUACCUUCCGAGAUGACUCUAGUAAGUAGGACUACUGAUGUAACAACCGGUAAACUUGGAGCUAGUAUCAGCCCAUCUAAAAUCGUACCAUUUUCAUCACUUUCAACUGAACCAACUUUGCCGCUCAAUUCUUACAGGUUCAAUGAUGUCAUUAUUUCUGACCACUCCGGUACUCUGGUUGAUGACAAUGAUACCUUCAUCUCGUUUGAGGCGGCUUCUGUGAAUUCUUCAUCUGAAGCAGAGAAAUCUGAUACAACUGUGACUAAGUCAUCUGCAAGAACAGUGGCUGUCAUUCCACAAAAAAACGGAACAAUCAAAAGAAAACCAAGUAACUCCGCAGCAGUCGCUAAGACUAAAAGUGCAAGAAAAAUCCCAAAGCUGACACCCAUGAACAGUUUGAUAAAGAAAGAAUUCGUUACGGAAGGGGAUACGACGGUUAUAGUGGAUCAUGACAAUACCAAAGAAUCGAAAGUUUUUAAUAACAUGAAAAUUUCGGGUGGUAACAAUGUUUUUAAACUUCAACAAGUCAAAGAUGGAUCAAAUGAGAAAGGAGACUUGGUUCAGCUGAAAAUCCAAGAUUCAACAGUGAAGGAAGGAUCCAAUGCUGAAAAUACAUCUGAAACUUUUAAAUGGGUCCUAAUGCGAGCUACUCCUCCCUCUGAUCCUGCAGAAGAGAAACCGGUGAAUGAAGCAUUUGAGAAAAUGGGUAUAUCGGAGGAAGAGCUGAACAAAUUACAGAUGGAUGUAGGUAACCAGAAAGUCUGGUUCUGUCCACAAAAUGGUUGCAUGUAUAAUGCAUCCAGAAUGAACUGGCUUAAGGCUCACCUUCUUCAAACACACUACGAUGUUCGACCGUACAAGUGUGAUCAUGAGAAUUGCAGCUGGUCAUUUUUUUCGCUAGUCAAGCUUAAAAGGCACAAACAAACACAUCUGAAGAAAAAGAGUCACAAGUGUCAGCUUUGUGAACGAUCCUUUUCAACGGUUUAUAACUUACACACUCAUUUAAAAUUGCACAAAAGGCCUGCUGAUAUUACAUGCCCGGUUGAGGAGUGCAAUGCAGCAUUUCAAACAAAACGGAACUUGGAGCUUCACCUACGGGUCCACAAAGAAAUCCCAGCUCCAUACCGCUGUGAGCGCAAAGACUGUGGCAAGAGCUAUUACUCUCGCAAUGCCUUACGCUCACAUGCCCGUGGACAUGUUUACUCAGAGGAAGACCUCAAGUGCAGUUUCUGUAACAAAAUUUUUGAUAAGCCAUGUCGGUUGAAGGCCCAUGUUCGCUCACACACCGGUGUCAAACCUUACAGAUGUAAAUUCGAAGGGUGUUCGUGGGCAUUCACAACAUCAAGUAAGCUCUCGCGGCACAUGUGCAAACAUACAAACAUUCGCAAGUAUCCGUGCACAAUAGAGAAGUGUGGUAAAUCAUUUUUAAGGCCAGAGCAUUUGCGGGAUCACGUUCUAACGCAUUUUACCGAAAAAACUUUCACAUGUCCUGUUGAUACCUGUGAUGGUGCAUUCUCAGCACGAUCCAGCCUCUAUGUUCAUUUGAAAAAAUGUCACCACAACACCAAAGAUGCAGAAGGCAGACGGAUAGGAGUUGGAGAUGGCCCCAACUGUCAUUCGUGUGUUAUUAAAGGUUGUGAUUAUCAGUUCUCAUCAAAGGAAGAUUUGAAGUCGCAUCUAAUUUAUAAGCAUGUUCAUUCCUUGGAUAUUAGCGGAGCAUCUGCUUCUAAAGCUCCACAGCCCAUUGCAAAGAGUGAUAGUGUUCAUAUUGAAUCAAUUGACCCCCUAGACACCAUAAAUCUUCUAGAAAAUGAUGAAAAUCUAGGUUCAUUGAACGUACUAACUUGCUCUAAUGAUGAGUCAUCAAUAUCAGGAAUUAACCUAAACUUGGGGCCUGAAGGUUUGUCUGUAAGUUUACCGGAGUUGGUCUCAAACAAUUCGGACUUUAACUCGAUAUCUCCAUCUUUUGAGCAGUCUUUAACUACAGAGAAAAUGAAUUUGACAGAAGAUGAAACAGAACUGUCGGAAGGAACACUGCAAGAAAUCGUGCCUGCAAGCUCUAAGGUGCUAUCAAAAGAGACAACUGCUGCAGAAAAAAGUGGUAUAGGUUGUGCGAGAACAAACAUCACUCUAAAAGACGUUCGAAAUAAGAUGAAUAAAAAGAAGACAACCUCAAAUGGGAGGCUCAAGAAGCAAAUUGCUGAUGCAACAGAAAACCUGAGAAAGAGUACUGAGGUCUUUUCGAAGGCAUUAGCAAUUUCGCAGACGGAGUCGGUGAUUCCACCUUGUUUGCAAAGUUCAGAUGUUGUCUUGCCCUCUAGUUGGUUAGAUGAUAACCUAUCUCCAUUGAUGCUCCAGGACGAUUUGAAUGAAAAUCCAGAGCUCUAUGAAACAACUCAGGAUGACACCGUACUAUUAGGGGCCUCGUCCAAUGAACUGCAAGUGUUCCUCUUUGACUCAAGUACCUCCUCCAGGCAUUGCGACUUUGAACAAUCUACAAUUAAUUUGCGUGAUCUGGAAUAGUCAAUUUUUGUUGUCCUUGUUUAUUUGUAAAUAGUAUUUGUUAAUAUUCUUAUUUUUCUAAAUGGAAAUAAAACAUCUUUUGAAGAAUAAAUUUCUGUAUGUUGAGAACAUUGAACUUGAAUCUGAAAAUAUAAAUGUUUUUGUUACAUAA